GCGCCAGCCGCGUGUAAACAUAGUGUCAUUUCCCACAAUUCAUUUCGAAGCUAAUGGCACCUUUGUGGAGAAGUUUAAUGUUUUAACAAUGGUUUUAAAGUGUCUUUAAUUAACAAGAACCGAUCGAAGCUACAUUAUAAUACUGUCUUGGAUUCAGUCUAAAAAGCAAGAUGUCGUAUCCGCCUCAGCAGAUAAGCAUCCAGCCUUUACCACCGGGAGUUCCUCCUACCCAGUUUGGGGCAUAUGCUCCUCCAAUCCCUCCAGGUACCCCCAUGAUCCCUGUUCACAUGGGCAUAGUGGCCUCUGCACCACCAGUUUUGAUUACGACUCCAGUUACUAUUGUCCAGAAGCCAGUUCUAACAAAGCCUGGCUCUGAUGCAGCCAAGUCUAAUGAUGCUGACGAUGCUCCUACCACCACUGUGUUUGUGGGAAACAUCUCAGACAAAGUUUCAGACCUUUUGGUUAGACAGCUGCUAGCGAAAUGCGGCGUUGUUUUAAACUGGAAACGUGUGCAAGGAGCUUCUGGGAAACUACAAGGUUUUGGGUUCUGUGAGUACAAAGAACCAGAAUCUACCCUCCGUGCGCUCAGACUUCUGCAUGAGUUACUUCUUGGAGACAAAAAGCUUUUGGUGAAAGUGGACGCCAAGACAAAGGCCCAGCUGGAUGAGUGGAAAGCCAAGAAGAAGGGUGUGAAUGGGGAGGCAGCCAGUGAAUCUAAAGAUGUGGAAGAAGAGGUUUUGGAUGAUGACACGUUGCGCCGCGACCAGGAAGUGAAAGUGGCAAUUAGUGCUCUGCUACGGGAAUAUGCAACUGACCACAGUGCUACCUCACAGGACGAUGAGAGUCAAUCUCGCAUUAAGAAACUGAGAGAGAAGAAAGACGAGGUGGAUAUCAGUGGCAUUGAGAUAGAAGAUGACAAAAGAGACUUGAUUUCUCGAGAGAUCAGUAAAUUCAGAGAUACACACAAGAAACUGGAGGAGGAGAAAGGAAAAAGAGAAAAAGAACGUCAGGAUCUUGAAAAGGAAAGAAAAGAGAGAGACAAGAAGCGUGAACACGACAGUGAGCGUCGAGACAGAGACCGAGACAGAGAGAGAGAUCGAGACAGAGACAGAGACCGGGAACGGGACCGGGACCGGGAUCGGGACCGGGAGAGAGAACGGGACAGAGAGAGGGACAGAGAGCGGGAGCGCGAACGAGAAACCAGAGAACGAGACCGCACCAGAGAGAGAACGAGAGAGAGGGAACGCGAGAAAGAGAGAGACCGAGAGAGAGACAGGAGUCGAGAAGUCAGUGAAGACCGCAAGUCCAGGGAAAGAACAAGAAAAGAUGAAAAAAUAGACCCUAAUGAGGAUAUUGAAGAUGUCUAUGAAAGAAGAAGACUUGAGCGGCGACUUCGAGACAAGGAGGCUGCCUACCAGGAGCGUCUUAAAAACUGGGAAAUUCGUGAGAAAAAGAAGGAACGCGAUUAUGAAAAAGAAAUGGAGCGUGAGAAAGAGAGACGCCGUGAAAGGGUGAAAGAGGCAAAGAGACUAAAAGAAUUCCUAGAAGAUUAUGAGGAUGGCAGAGAUGACCCAAAGUACUUCAGGGGCAGCGCUCUCCAGAAGAGACUUCGAGACCGGGAGAAGGAGGUAGAGAUGGAUGAGCGAGACAGAAAGAAGGAGAAAGAGGAGGUGGAGGAGAUCAGACAGAGGCUUUUGGCCGAAGGACACCCAGACCCUGAGGCAGAACUGAGGAGGAUUGAGGAAGAGCAGUACAAACAGUCCCCACUGAAACUCGACUCAGAGGAAAAACCACACAAAGAGAAGAAAAAGAAGAAAUCAUCUAAACACUCUCCAGAACCAUCGUCACGGAAACACAAGGACCAAUCAGAAAAGGAGAAGGAGGUAGACAAACCACAAGAUCACAAUCACAGCAGAGAAGACUCUCAGGAGACCAAACCCAAACCGCUGUUGCGCCCCAUCACCAUCGCCCCCUCUGUGUCUUCUGCGGAUGGGACGCCAAACUCCACCGGAAAUGAGUCCCCAGUCGGUAUCAUUAUUCCUGGGGAGAAGACGGGUGAACUGCAGCCUCUCGAUGAAAACAGACCGAAGAUCGGACUGAGCCUAAAACUGGGUGCCACAAACAGUCCUAGUCAGCUGACAGGAAAACGCAAAAAGCUGGAAGCUGUCGAUAGUGUUUUUAAUAAAUUUGACGAUGAGGAUACGGAGGAGCAGCCGCGCAAAAGAAAACUGGUUCCCCUCGACUACGAAGAGGACAACAACAAGCGUCCAGACGGGGCGGAAAACUCGGCCUCCAAAAGUAGCAUCAACACAGAAGAGAAGCGUAAGCACAUAGUCAAACUUAUCGAGAAGAUUCCCACAGGGAGAGCUGAGCUGUUCUCCUAUGCGCUGGACUGGGCCAUGGUGGACUCGACGUUAAUGGAUCGCUGUAUACGACCGUGGAUUAGUAAGAAAAUUGCUGAAUACAUAGGAGAAGAGGAACCCACCCUUGUUGAGUUUCUCUGUUCAAAGCUAAAGGCACACAGCUCUGCAGAGAGCAUUCUUGAAGACGUGGCAACGGUUCUUGACGAAGAAGCUGAGGUGUUCAUCAUAAAAAUGUGGAGGCUGUUAAUUUAUGAAACUGAAGCGAAGAAGAUUGGACUGGCAAAAUAACUACUACACUCAGCACUCAUUGUCUCGUUUUUUAAUCUUUCUUUCUGCAAUGUCCUGAUUCAACAUUCAGCUCACACUUCUGUGGACCUGCUGCAAUUUGUUUAGUGGAGAGAGAGACUGAACCAAACAUUUGCACAACAGCAUGACGGAUAAUUAUAUUUUUCAUGUUGCGGAUGGCGUUGAGUUGGACAUAUUUUGCCUGUAUUUACUAAUGUCAUUGUGAGGCCCUGCUUCAAUGUGACAAAUAAAAAUGAUUCUUUUUACAAAUGU